AUGAGUUCCUCUAUCAAACUUGGGGACCUCGAGUCCCAGUCGGUCAUCACUCUCCCCGUACAGAGCCCCGUUCCGAACUUUUUCCAAAGCGAGGUACCAACCGCCGUACCAAGUGAAGCACCGAGCGGUGUCACUACUCGAGUUGCAACACCCGUCCCGGACAAGUUCCCCGAGAAAGUCUCAGAGAAGGAAACGGCCGACCAGAUCUGGGACAAGGACCCGGCCAACCCCUAUAACUGGGGCUCUGGGACGAAGGCAAUCCAUGUUAUCAUGCUCUCACUGGUAUCGUGCUUAGCUUCCAUUUCCGCCUCCAUCGUCAGUCCCGCCAUCACCUAUCUCGGAGCACACUUCAGCAUUACCAGCCGCACCACCAUCAUCCUCACCCUCACCCUCUAUGUCAUCGCCCUGGCUUUCGGUCCAAUCAUCGGUGGCCCGCUCUCCGAGACUUUGGGACGUCGAUGGGUCUAUGUGGGAUGUGUCCUUACCGGUGCCCUCUUCACAAUCGGUGCCGCUGAGGCACCUAAUUUCGCCGCCCUGUGCAUCUUUAGGUUCCUUGCCGGUUUCUGCUGGGGCCCUACCAUGGCCAUCGCAGUCGGAUCAUGCAGUGAACUCUUCAGGCCAGAAAAGCGAGGCCCAGUCAGCGCCAUCGUCGUGCUGAUGGGUUUCUUCGGUCCAGGUCUUGGCCCGGUUGUUGGUGCUUACGCCGUAGUCGAGCACAACUGGCGAUGGACGCAGUACUGCCUGCUGAUGAUCUCCGCCGUUGCCCUCGUCUUCACCCUCCUUUCCAAGGAGACCUUCCACCCCAUCAUCCGCCGCCGUCUCGCCAUCAAGGCCGGUCUCCCGGUUCCCGAAUCCCCCUCCGUAUCUGAGCGCCUUCAUGAGUUCUUCUUCCGCUCAGUUCUCCGCCCUGUGCGUAUGCUCUUCCUCGAGCCUAUUGUGACCUGCGUAUGCCUCUAUGUAGCCCUAGGCUUCGGCACCUUGUUCAGCUUCUUCGCUGCCGUUCCCUACGUCUUCACCCUGGUGUACAAGUUCUCCGUCAAGCAGUGCGGCCUCGUCUUCCUUGCCGUCAUUAUUGGCUGCGUGUUGGGUCUGGUGACCAUGGUCGUCUGCGACAAGCUCUUCUACCAGAAGCAGGUUGCCCGCCACCCUCCCAACCUCGUCCCCCCCGAGCACCGCCUCUACGGCGCCAUGGUCGGUAGCAUUGUGCUUCCCAUUGGCCUCUUCUGGUUCGGCUGGUCUGCCCGCGAGAGCGUCUCCUGGGCCAGUCCCGCCGCCGCCAUCAUCUUCUUCGCCUGGGGCAACAUCUGCAUCUUCAUCAGCACCUUCCAGUACAAGGGAGAUGCCUACACGCCGGAUGUCGUCGCCAGCGCCGCCAGCGCAAACAGCCUGGCCCGAUACGGCUUCGCCGCUGCCUUCCCCCUCUUCACCGUUCAGAUGUAUCAAAAGCUUGAUAUCGCAUGGGCGAGCAGCCUCCUCGGUUUCAUCGCCAUCGCCAUGAUGCCCAUCCCAUGGGUUCUUUUCAAGUUUGGCCGCCGCAUCAGGGCCAAGAGCCAGUACGACACCAUCAAGUACGAGUAA